AUGCUCUAUUUUUAUUUAGGUCAUAGUGGCGUUAACCAAUUAGGCGGAGUUUUUGUUAACGGACGACCAUUACCGGAAACAAUACGGCAUCGAAUCGUUGAACUGGCUCGACAAGGUGCAAGACCGUGCGAAAUUUCACGGAAAUUACAAGUAUCAAACGGGUGUGUAUCUAAAAUCCUGGGGCGAUUCUACGAAACCGGCUCGGUUAAACCGAGAGCUAUUGGUGGUUCCAAACCACGUGUUGCUACACCAGAUGUUGUAGCAAAAAUUGCCGAAAUUAAAGCCGAAAACCCAUCAAUAUUUGCUUGGGAAAUUCGUGAGCGUCUUCUUAAUGAUGGCGUUUGUACACAAGAUAAUUUACCGAGUGUAUCUUCUAUUAAUCGAGUACUACGUAAUUUAUCAUCAUCAUCAUCUUUAAAAUCAACUACAGAUUAUCAUCAAUAUCAAACAAGAGAAUUUCAUUAUGAUGGUUCAUCAUGUAAUUUACUUAAUCCACCACCCAUUUGGACAGUAUUAGGAACUGCAAAUCCUACAACAAAUCCACCAUAUGCAUGGCAUCAUCAUCAUCAACAACAACCACCACCAAUAACAACAUGUAGUACAACAACACAAAAUCUAAAUACUAAAAAUGGACAUACUUCAAUGCCAAUUCCAUAUGAAACAUCGAAUGAAGAUAAUAAUAGUGUUAAUAAUGAUGACGAUGAUGAUGAUGAUGAUGCUGAACAAAGUAUAAAUAGUGAUCCGGAUUCUAAAUUAUCAUCACGUCAAAAAACACAACGCAAUCGAACAGCUUUUACUCAAGAACAAAUAGCUGCACUUGAAAAAGAAUUCGAACAUACUCAUUAUCCAGAUGUUUAUGUACGUGAACGUUUAGCUAAACAUAUUAGUUUACAAGAGAAUCGUAUUCAGGUUUGGUUUUCAAAUCGGAGAGCUAAAUGGAGACGUGAAGAAAAAGCACGUAAUCAACGACGAACUCAUACAGCUUGUGAGUCAUCAACAGGAACAACAUCGACCGGUAAUACAUCGGGUAUAACGAAAGUUUCUCCACCACCACCACCAUUAUCUCAACCAACAAUAACAUCAUUAAAUCAAACAACAACAUCACCAUCAUCAAUUACAACUCCUUCAUCAGGUUAUAUGAUUGAAUCUAAUAUUCCACCAUCGAUUGGAUGUUAUUUUCCACCUGGUACAAUUGAUAAUCGACAAACAAUGACUAGUAAAGUUUUUUCACCAUAUUCAACAACACAAUCUCAUAAUUAUUCAUGUUCAUCAUCAGGAUAUCCUUAUCCAUUACCAACAGUUAAUUGUUAUGAAGAUGUUGCAUUUCCACCGUCAACAUAUACAAGACCACCAUCAUAUCAUUCUCAUCAUAAUUCAGAUUAUACUACAUUUACAUCCAACGUCAUGUGUCAAUCCUCUAGUAUUCUUCAUCCAUCAAUGUCAUUGCAAUCGGCUCAUCUUUCUUCAGCAUCAUCAUCAUCAUCUGGAACAAAUACGUUUUGGGAUCGAUAUUAA